CCCAAUCAGUGUGUGAUCUCUGUUUCUAUUGAGACCAUCAGUAGGCUAUCUACGCAUCCAGGAGCGAUCAUGUCAAGGUCUUUCUACGUAGACUCUUUAAUUAUCAAGGAUCCUGCGCGCCCCGCUCUGAGGGAACACAUGAGUCAGGAUUUUCUCAUUCCCAUCAGCAUGCACUCUCCCGGUGUGAUGAGCGUUACUGCACCUGUUUGCCCGUCCCGAAAAACCGGCACUUUCUGUGUCUGCCCGCUCUGCGUCACCUCGCACAUCCACUCUCCCCGGGCCGGAAUCCCACUACUGAAGGCACACGGCUUCUCCGCCGGUGACGCGACUUUCUGUCAGAGGAUAGCACACCAACAGAGCCCUACGUUAGCGCCAGUCUGCACACCCACAAGCUACAGCGUCACUGACCCUCGGAGGUAUCACUGCUUCUCUUUAGGUGCCUCUGAUAACAGCCACAUACAGAACGGCAAACGGAUGCGCACCGCCUUCACCAGCACUCAGCUUCUUGAAUUGGAGCGCGAAUUCUCAUCUAACAUGUACCUCUCGCGCUUGCGCAGAAUCGAAAUCGCCACAUACUUAAACUUAUCAGAGAAACAGGUAAAAAUAUGGUUCCAAAACCGCCGCGUUAAACACAAGAAAGAAGGCAAAGGUACGCAACUGAGUGCGCACGCAGAAUGCAAAUGCUCGGGCUAUCACACACACUAUCCGCGCUCGGAAGACGAAGGAUCCCUGUCACCUGUAUCAGUAACAGAGGAGAAGGAGACUUCGCCCAUUUAGGGCUGACAAGAACAUCACAGACUUAAUUUUGACUCCACACAUGGCACAUUUCAACGGAUCCGUUAAAGCGACUGAAUUUAAGGGACGCUGUCAUUCCAUUUUUCCAUUAGGCUACCCCAAAAUUGUGGAUGUUUACUGUCAAUUCAUUCCCGUUUUCUCUCAAAUAAUUGUUUUACUGUUUCAGUCAGUUGUUUUAGAUAUUCUUAUCUAGCUGCAUUAUAUGACAAAUUGUGAAAUGGUAAUUAAGUGAAAUAAAGUUUUACAUUUAGUUUUAAGUCUAAAUGCUUUUGAAAGUGUUCCAAAGGACCACUGACAAACCAAGCUGUCGUCCCUGUUUUUUUAAGGGUAAAUGUUGGACAUUUUCAUUGUUGGAGAAGAGAAAAUAAUCCCUGUGUGAUAUUGUAAAUCGAUGCAGACCGUUAGUCUGUGCUACUGAGGUUUUUCUUUUCACCUU